UAACUAAAGACUGAAGAAAGGAAGGAAGGAUAACUAAAGACUGAAGAAAGGAAGGAAGGAUAACUAAAGGCUGAGAAGGAAGGAAGGAUAACUAAAGUCUACGAGGGAAGAAAGGAAGAAUAACUACAGGCUAUUAAGGAAGGAAGGAAGAAUAACUAAAGGCUACGAGGGAAGGAAGGAAGAAUAACUAAAGGCUGUGAAGGAAGACUUAAGGCUAUGAAGGAAGGAAGAAUUAACUAAAGGCUACGGAGGAAGGAAGAUCAUGGAGUAACAACCUUAGAAGCAAUAAUAUACGUCAGAGGUCUACAGAAGAAGGAGAAGAAGAAUAACUAACGGCCAUGAGAAGAAGAACCAAAGGCUAAGAGAGAAGAAUACCUUAAGGCUACGAGGAAAGGAAGACCAAGGAGUGACAAUAUAAGAAGCAAUAGAAGGCGUCAGAGGUCAACAGAAGAAAAAGGAGAAGUUGGGCGUGGAGGGAGGAUGAAGGCGCUGACAGUCAAGUGGAGUGGGAAGGAGUAUGAGGUGGAGGUGGACGAGGAGAACAUGACGGUCAAGGACUUCAAGGACGCCAUAGAGAAGCAGACUGGCGUGCGGCCCCUCAGACAGAAACUGCUCAACCUUAAGCUGAAAGGAAAGUUACCCGACGAUGAGACAAAGAUGGGAGCGCUUGGCCUGCGCCCAGGAACCAAGAUCAUGAUGAUUGGCUCCCUGGAGAGCAGUGUGGCGGAGGCGCAGCGCAUCCCCGAGAACUUGCCGCCAGUCAUCAAUGACCUGGACAUAGAGGAGGAGGAGGUGGCCAUCGAGAACAGGUCCGAGUACCUGCAGAAGGUGGAGAAACGCGUCAAGGAGUACAAGGUGAAGAUGCUCAACUGCAUGCGGCCGGGGAAGAAGCUGCUGGUGCUGGACAUUGACUACACCCUCUUUGACCACCGCUCCACCGCAGAGACCGGCGCCGAGCUGAUGCGGCCAUACCUGCACGAGUUCCUCACCUCAGCCUACAAGGACUACGAUAUCGUGAUCUGGUCGGCCACAAGCAUGAAGUGGAUCGUGGAGAAGAUGAAGCUGCUGGGCGUCUCCAACCACCCCGACUACAAGAUUGCCUUCUACCUCGACUCCCUGGCCAUGAUCACCAUCGAGACGCAGAAGUAUGGCGUCAUUGAGGUCAAGCCGCUGGGGGUGGUGUGGGGGAAGUACGAGCACUACACGCAGCAGAACACCAUCAUGUUUGAUGACCUGCGCCGCAACUUCCUCAUGAACCCCCAGAAUGGUCUAAAGAUCCGCCCCUUCCGCCAAGCCCACCUCAACCGCUCUACAGACAGGGAGCUGCUGCGCCUGUCCCACUACCUUGAGGAUAUUGCCAGCGUGGAGGAUAUCUCCGCCCUCAACCACAGCAAGUGGGAACACUACCGCAAGGAAGGCUACAACUGACCCUGCCCCCGCCCGCUGCAUUUGGGGCUGCCUCUGCUUGCUGCCCAGGCCUCGCCAGGACCCACGUGCAUAGUAGUCUGUGAUGGGGAGUGUGGUGGUGAGGGUGUGGGCGCCGCCAUUAUUGUUGGUGCUGUAAUACCUGCACUCGUGGGAUCAGUGACAAAAUUACUCCUGAACACUGCCCCUUUUUCCUCAUGUGCAUUAUGACUGGCCACCAAGGACAGCCCAAGUCCAGCCUGUUCAUAGUAGUCAGUCCUAACUUGCAGUCUGAGGGGAUCAGAGCUUAAAAAAUUCAUUGGUAUUUUUAGGUAUUGGAAUUCUAUUAUUAAUUUUCUAUUAUUAAUUUCUGGGGAAGGAAGUCACCACCGGCUUACUCUUGAUGAUGUACAGUGUUUGCAUCAUCCUGGUGACCCUGAGCCUGGGUGCGGGUCCAGGGCACCCAGCGGGGCUGGUGGGCAGGACUGACUCAUGGUGCCUUGUUCACUGUGUUGUAGGCAGCAGUGCAGCACAGCAGGUGCCAGGGAGGCAGGGUGCUCACCACUGGAGGAUUGGUUAUAAUGACAGUGUACUGUUCAAAAUUGCCUUAUUUCCCGGCACAUUAUGCACUCAUAUUUUUUGUGAGGUCAGAUUGUGCAGAAAAUGUAAAAAAAAAAAAGAAGAAAAAAAAAAAUCUAAAUUUAGAGUUGAUAUUGUCCUUCAAUAGAAUAGAACACAAGGCAGAAAUGUAAUGACUAUGAACCUACUGUAAAUCUGAUGUUUCAAAUGUAGUUUCAAAUGAGUUCAUAUAAAAAAAAUCUGAAAUGUGAGUAAAGACAGCCUGAGCACUGCCUCCAGGCCACUGCCUCUGUGUUCCUGCGCCUGCCUGGCCCUGCUGUGGUGCCUGACGCACCGCCUGCUGAACACACUGUUGUUCUGGGGGGUGCGUCGGCUGGUGCCUGACGCACCACCUGCUGAACACACUGUUGUUCUGGGGGUGCGUCGGCUGGUGCCUGACGCACCGCCUGCUGAACACACUGUUGUUCUGGGGGGUGCGUCGGCUGGUGCCUGACGCACCGCCUGCUGAACACACUGUUGUUCUGGGGGUGCGUCGGCCCAUUUCCUUUUUUAUGUUAGUCUUAUGAACAUUUUCUUUCUCAGAGAAAGCUACAAAUAAAAAAUGUUGCAUACAAGCAUCCACUUCCUUGAAUCUCAUUGAUGCAGCAAGAGAUAGGAAUGCAUGACUUGUGACGGGUGGUGUUGGGGCGCUCAGCAUUGACUCAAACACGCAAAAUUAAUCUUUAAAAAGCAGCUGCCAGAUAUAAAACAGUAAAGCACUUGCUUGAUCUCAUGGCUUGCUUUGUACGGUGCAAAAUAUGCAGAGAAUGUACGCUGCAGAUACACUAUGUAACAGUAAGCCUCUAAACACUCACAGGCCAAAGCACUCACUGACCAUUCCUAUUUUCCUUCUGUGAGUCAGUCUGAUGAUUGUUCAUGUCCAGAACACGCCCGGCCAAAACUGUUGCUGCUUAUUUAUCCAUAGAGGUUGAACAUCUGUGUUCCUGAAAUAGCCAUCCAGCCCAGGCCAUGUAAUGUAAAUGUAAGACACUGGUGCUGUGGCAGCCUUGGUGGUUGUGGCGCGUGUGGUGCUCUGGGUGACACACAGAGCUAUAGUCAGACCAGCUGAAACUGGCACCUGGGCGUUGGCGGCCAGACAAUGCCUGGAACGAUCACGUGCCACAUGUUGAGAACAAUUGCAGCUUCAUCAUCUACAGCACUUGUGUGAGAUAACAGAAAAGAAGUAUGCACAUAUUGAUUCAAUUUCAAUGUAAAUAUUUUGAAUUUAUAAGAAACAAUACACAAAAGUAAUAAAAUUGUAAAACAAAUCAGUAAAGUAGCAGACAUUUUCGCCAUUUUUUGUCACAUUAUCUGGCGUUUAUCACAGGUCUUGAGUGGGCAAAGGAAGUUAAAAUUAUCUAAAAAAUAAGGUAAAAGAAUAUAUCUCCAAAUGUGACAAUAUAUUGUUUAGUUUUAAUAAACCGUUGAAAAGGUGGAAGGAACAACAGAAUUAAAACGCUACAACACAGUGGAAAUAUGCAGAGUGGCAAGACUAACCACUGAUGGCCCACACACCAGCUUGCUCUGGUUGUUGUACUCCAAGAUAUCCUGGAACACAUGGAGGGAGCAUUGCCUGGCCUGGGAGAGGACACUUGGUAGUUGAGGGAAGGCACGGCUGUGGUCUGAGGUCUGCUUUCUUGUCACAAUAAUCAUCUUGACAAGGACAAGUUACUAAAAUUAUGUUUAAGUGUAACUUUCUUAAAGGUUUGAUAUUUAUGAAAACUUUUAUUUUGUCACAUGUUAUAAUAGGUAUUUUGUGAACUAGUCUGAAUUUUGUAUUUCUCAAACUUUGAAAAGAAGGGAGGUACGCGGCGGGUGUGAGGCAGAGUAUUAUUGUAGGUCAGCAGGUGAGGGUGAGUCAAGGCCCGAGGAACCUACUGCUGGCCUGAGGUGCUGCUGCCGCCACAAUGCUGCUCUUUAUGCAGAUCAAAGUGUUACUAUGUGUGAUAAACUAUCUGUGUGUACCCAUGUUUGUGCUAGAGUUUGUGUCUUGUAGUAUCUGAUAUUACAGCUGGCCUCUCGGAUCACAGUGGUUGUUAAUAAUUGUUACUUCAUGGGGAGCACUGGACUUGCUGCCAUGGAGAGUUAGCAUCUCUGCCUCUCACGGCCAGCUUCAUUCUAUUUCAUUCCCAAGCUCCUUCAUGAAACUCUUGCUCAGAAGUGUGACUUAAGGGGCGAUUACUCUGGGCAAAUUUUCCGUGGAUCUUCAGUCAAACCACGAUUUCCGCUGGCGUGGUUCGCAUUUGUUUCUUGUUAUUGCUGAUGAUGAUGGUGAGUAAUACCGUCGUCCUUCGGUGAAAUCUACCGUAGCUUUGGAAGAUUGUGGACACGUCAGAAAACCACGGAAAUAUGAGAACCACGCCAGCGGAAAUCGUGGUGACUGAAGAUCCACGGAAAAUUUGCCCAGUGUAAUAGCCCCUUAAGGGAUCAGUAGCAUCAGACAUGUCAGUUUGCCUGGGUCAAGCCAACUGGGGAAAUAUUUAGCUUAAGAGUUGCAUGCUCUUUCAGUUAGUGUGCACCCUGGGUGUGGCUGUGCUUCAUGCUAACUCACAAAAUGGGAACCUGAAUCUUGUACUGGGGACAUCUGCAUCUUGCCCUCAGCAGCACUGACUGUGUGGCAUUAAAUGUGGCACUGCUAUCACAGCCUUAUUUGGCAUCAGGCAACAGCUUAAAGAUGGGUGUAAGAAAUAUCAUUAUCCUCCCAACUGUCAAUGUAUCAGAGAUGUGGACGUGGAAUGUAGCACAGCAGUCACGGACACCCUCAGUGGAAAUUACUUAUACAAGAGGUUCAUGUGAAGUGUCAAGAUGGGAUGGAGAAAGUAAUAAAGGUGUGUAUGGGAAUCUUGGCGUGGGUGUGACAACAAUAGGAGUUGGUUGUGGUGUAGCUGAAUGGGUAAAACCUGGCACCCUGAGAUGGUUUGGACAUGUGAUGAGGAUGAAUGAGGAUAACUUUGUGAAGAGGGCAUGAGGGCAGGAUUUCUCUGUGCCCAAAAGUCAUUCCAUUAUUACUGCUGCCAUGAAAACUACUGUCACUGCUAAUAUAGCCUAUGAAUUAAUUGACUUUUUAAUUGAUGCUGGGGGAAGGAUCAAAAUUUAGCCUUAAAGUCAAGUCCUUGAGUACAGCUUUAUGAAAUAAUAUGCAUAAAUAUGCACUGUACGGGGGGGUGAGCCUGGGGUGUGCACCAAGGUCCUGCUGGUGAUGCUGUGUGUGUGUGGUGGUGGUGGGGGGAGGGGUGACAAGGACAGGAGCAGCAGGUGACUGGCUCCCUGCUGCUCCAUCCCUUGGCAGGUGACAAAAGCAACAUUCAGCUUUACUUGUAUUAGGGCAUUUGGUCCUCAGAGCUUUGUAUCAGUGUGUUUCAAGUGUAGCCAAGUCUGGCGGUCUGUGUCUCUCGUGUUGAUGAGGAGCAACAGGCCAGACUGGCAAUAUGUGAUUACCUUGUAGCAAAGAGAUUACUGGCUAAUGUUUGAUAGUCAUGUGAACAAACAAAACACGGUCUCCUUUGUAUCUAGUUAAGUAGCAUUGCAAAUCUGAAAAUUGUAUUUUCUGAAAUACUUAUUCUUAUAUUCAAAAGUAUUUCCUAACAAUUAAGGGUUUUCAUAUGUAGCUUUUAUUGCUAGUUUGUCAUCUCAAUUUGGUUUGAAUUUGUUGGGCUGCCACAGAUGUGGUCAGCUGCUGCUGGUGAGGUGUCAUCCAGCCGGCAGCUGCACAGACCCAUCAAACAGUUGGCUAACACACCCACCAUGAUCUCUUGGUCUGGCAGUCUCAUUGAGAACUGUCAACCUUGACCUGCACGGCUCAUGGCAGCUUCUCAGUGCAAAGAAACGCUCUCUUGUGACCCUGGCAGAGCUACAUGGUCUUAGGUACCUAGCUUGGGAGGAUUUUUUUUAUUUUUUUUUAUUUUUUAAAUAGACUUAGAACAACCUAUGAAAUAUGAAAUUACUUUUGCUAGGAUAAACAUUCUGUAUGAAGGAACACCACAUAUCCAGUACAGCGACAAGAAUAAAGAGAAAACCAAGACCUUUAAAAUAUU